AUGUGUUUCUCCGUCCACUUGUACGCUUCAAUCCUUCGUGCGCUAGAAACAAACUGCAAUCAUGAAGAACGCCAACCAGGAGAGCCGGAUUAUAUACUCCUGCGAAACAUCCAAGUCGAGCACGCCGGCCAAGACCCUUCCGAGAUCCCGUAUCCACCACUCAAUCGCUACACCGCGACCAUCAGCCAUACCGACGAUGUGUAUGCUCUAGCCAUGAAAAACACCGAUUUCACCGUCGGAGCAUACAACUAUUUGGUCAUGAUGGCACAGGCCGACUCCUUGGACACAUCAAUGGCGUCCCUGGGACAGACCAGAGAGAUAAUCAAUGCCUUGGACAAUUUGGCCGCUACCCGCACAUACCCGUUGACCGGAGAGAAGUUCUCCUCGCCGUUCAAAAACGUUCUGGACUUCUUUGGCAGCAAAGAAGUGCCGCGUGAUCCAGCUGCGCAGAAGGCAAAGGCCGAAGGGUUGAGUCAGGCAGCGGUCAACGAAGUCAACCUUGUCGACAACAUAUGGCAUGGAACAGAGCAGAACCCAACUCUUAACCCCGUCAUCAAGAAGAAGCGAAAUAUGUCCGCGCUGACACUGGCACUGUUCGGUUGGGAGGCUCUGAUGGCCGCUGGAGACAGCCAGAUGGGCGUACCCAAAGUGUCCAUGUUUGCGUCCGACUUUGUCUACCGGAUGUAUGAUUCGUUAAAGGAGAAACUGGAAGACGUCGAGAAACUGUUUCGAACGUCAAAAGCAGCAGUCGUCAACACCCUGGCGACUCCUUCGCUGUUCAAAUCUGUAGCACAGCCGUACAAGGCCAUUAAGACCAAAGAGACCAACACAAAGAACAACAAGAAGCGGACCGACGAGUAUAGGGCUGCCAAAGAGAUCCUCGCAAGGAACAAAGCGCCCACGUCAACAAUUCCCAACGAGAACGGCCGAGUCCCCGAUUCCAAAGACCAAGACACCAAUGCCGAAGAUGACGAAGGUGACGAGUGCCCCAAGCGCCCCUCGAGUGAGGAGAACAAUUAUGAAGAAGAGCGCGACGAGGAGCUCAACCAGCCGCGCUUGAACGAGGGGGAUGACAAUGACUUUGAGCCCCAUUGGGACCUAGUUGUCCAGUAUCUUGCAUCACGUGGCGAAAAGGCGCCAAUCAACAACGAUGUCGAGGCUAGUACGAGUACACCGGCCCCGUCCUCCGGCUAA